GUUAACAGAUGCAAAAGCAAAGCCGAACGUGGCGGUCGUGCAGCGGUUCGGUGCGAGUGAGCGAGUCAGAACGUAAAUUCCGUAAAUUUUUGUGAUUCUUGGUAAAUUUUGAUUUUCGCCGGUAAAGAAAAUAAAAAAAAAGAGUACAAAAGCGAAAAGAAAUUGAAAAAAUUGAAGAAAAAAAAAAGAAAAUAAUUAUUCUCAGUUAAGUAAAAGAAUAAAAAGAGUUGCAAAAUGCGCGCGUGUUUUCUGCGUUAAAAAUCAAAGUUAAUUCUUCUUUUUUUUUGUUGUUCAUUUGAAAGUGAGUGCGAAGAGCAAAGCAAAUACGAAUGCAAUAAAUAAAUGCAAAAUGCAAAUUAAUCAAAAUUAAUGCACGACGAAAAAAAAGCAAAAGAAAACAGCAAAAAGUCAAAACAGAAGCUGAGCCGAAGCGGAGCCAAUAGCAAAGCUCGUGAUUGCUUUAAGUGCGCAUCCCCCGAGGGAUUCUCCAUGGAUCUAAGCCGCUUGCCAUGCAAAACAAUUAUCAUAAGAUCGCCAUCAGCAGCGCCGUCAACGUCAGCGUCAGCGUCAACGCUGUUGUCGCCAGCUAACGGACACAGUUCGAAGUGAGCAACAAUUACAAGAACAACAACAGCACGAACAAAGCGCCCUCUGCCGCUGCAGCAGCAGCAGCAACAACAACAACAACAACAAUUCAUAAUAAACUUCAGCCCAGCGGCGAUUUGAAGCAGCGCCCGCGGCGCCCUUCUCAAGUUUUUGUUUUCAAUUUGGAUUCGCCUUUGGCUAAGAACGUCAGCGUUGCGUUCGCUGCAGCAGCAAAAACAGCUGAUUAACAUGUUGUUCAGGCCGAACGGCUGGCAACUGCACUGCUAAUUGCGAGUUUGGAGCUGCCAACCCACAACGACAACAACAACAACAACAACAACAACAACAAUAGGAAGGAGGCGGAGCAGAAGGCAACAAAAAUAACAGCAUAUUAAAAAAGAAAACAACUGAAGAAGGUGCGCCUUAAUUAAUCACAGUCUUGUCUGUCCUGUCACGAGCAGCAAGGCAGAGCUUAAAUUCGAAUUAAGAGAGUCGCCAAAGAGCGCGCGCGCACACACAGCGCCCUCUAGCGACAAGCGGCAGCAAACGCAGCUAAGCAGAUCAGUAUAAGACGUUGCAAACAUAACAUUAUAAGAGCUAACAGCCCGAAGCAUUCUCCUAACAUGGCAGCCGCAAUGUUAAAGCGCACAAUGUUACGGCUGCUGUUAACGAGCCUCGUGCUGCUGGCAAUGCUGGCGCAGGAGUCGCUCGGCCACCGGGAUUGGAUGCAGAACUGCAGCAAUUGCCAUUGCCAUUGGAAUUCGGGCAAGAAGAGCGCCGACUGCAAGGGCAAAAAGCUGACCAAAAUACCGCUCGAGAUGAGCAACGAGAUGCAGGUGGUCGAUUUCUCCCAGAACCAAAUACCCGAACUGCGCCGCGACGAGUUCCAGGUGGCGGGUCUGCAGAAUCUGCACAAGAUCUAUUUGCGCAACUGCACCAUCCAAGAGGUGAAUCGGGACGCCUUCAAGGGCCUGGCCAUACUCAUCGAACUGGACAUGUCCAGCAAUCGGAUCAGCCAGCUGCAUCCGAACACGUUCGAGGGCCUCGAGAAGCUGCGCAACGUGAUCAUCAACAACAACGAGAUCGAGAUUCUGGAGAGCCGGCUGUUCAUCAAUUUGCCCUUCCUCUCGCGCGUCGAGUUCAACAACAAUCGCCUCAAACAGGUCCAGCUGAAUGUGUUUGGCGGACCGCUGACCGCCAUCUCGCUGGAACAGAACCAGCUGACGCAUCUGCACAAGGAGACGUUCGACAACCUGCCCAAGCUGACGUACCUGUCGCUGCAGGGCAAUGCCUGGAACUGCAGCUGCGAGCUGCAACAGUUCCGGGACUUCGCCAUGGCCAAACGCCUCUAUACGCCGCCCACCGACUGCCGUGAGCCGGCCCAGCUGCGCGGCAAGCUGUGGAGCGAGGUGCCCUCCGAGAACUUUGCCUGUCGUCCGCGCAUUCUUGGCUCGGUGCGCUCCUUCGUGGAGGCCAAUCACGACAACAUUACGCUGCCCUGUCGCAUUGUCGGCACACCCCGUCCGAAUGUCACCUGGAUCUAUAAUAAGCGCCAGCUGAAUCCCGGACCCAACGAUCAUCACAUACGCAUUCUCAACUCCGUCGAGCAGCAGCAGCCGGCGGCAUCGGCAGCGGCAUCCGGCCAGGUGAUGACCUCGGAGCUGCGCAUCUACGGGGUACGCAACUCGGACAAGGGCGCCUACAUCUGUGUCGCGGACAAUCGCGGCGGCAAGGCGGAGGCCGAGUUCCAGCUGCUGGUCAACGGCGACUACAUGGGCGCCUCGGCCGCCUCCGAUGGCCUGGGCGGGCUGGGCAUAAGCGGUGCCAUCGGCGCCUCCACCAGCGAUCCGCAGACGAGCAUAUUCCUUGUGAUUUGCGUGAUUGUGACCACAUUUCUGGUGCUGCUCAUCUUUCUGGUGCUGACGCUCUUCUGGUACUGCCGCCGCGUCAAGACCUACCAGAAGGACAACACCAUGAUGAGCGGCGACGGUCUGAUCUCCUGCAAGCUGGACAAGACCCACAACAGCUCCAUGCUGGAGGGUUCCGUCAUUAUGGAGAUGCAGAAGAGCCUGCUCAACGAGGUGAAUCCCGUCGAGAAGCCGCCCCGUCGCACCGACAUCGAGAGCGUCGACGGCGGCGACGAUGGCCACGAGAUCAAGAAGACCCUCCUCGAUGAGACCGCCUACGCCAAUCACACGCGAGACGACGAGACGCACUCUGUGGCCCUGUCGGAUACAACAACCACGCCCCGUUCCCGUCACACCUAUGUGGAUGAUACGUACGGGAAUAGUUUGCCGCCGGAUUUGCUAGCGUUUCCCGCCCGCGUGCCGCCCACCUCGCCCUCGAUGCAAUCCUCGCAGUCGAACAUACCCGAUCAGGUCAUCUACGGCAUACGCUCCCCGCCGCCGCUCACCAGCCCCGUCUACGCGCACAUGACACCGCACGGCAUCUACGGCACCACAACAAUUGCGACGGCCACCCACAACGGCUUCAUGACCCUGCAGCAUCCCAAGUCCCGCAAUCUGGCGCUCAUUGCCACCGCGAACAGUCGCCACCAGCAGCAGCAGCAGCAACAAUUGGCCGCCGCCUUGCAACAGCAACAGCAGCAGCAACAGCAGCAGGGGCAGGGGCAGGGUUCAUCUUCGUCGUCGGCCUCGCCGUUUCUGCCCGCGCCCGUUGUCUACUCGCCAGCCACGGCCGUGGUCAUGAAGCAGGGCUAUAUGACGAUUCCGCGCAAGCCGCGCGUGCCCAGCUGGGCGCCGAGCACCUCGAAUGCGGCCGCAGCCGCCCAUCAGCUCGGCGAAUUUCAAUCGCCCACCUCGCCCAAUCCCAGCGAGACGGGCACCGCGACCACCGUCGAGCUGCAGGCGGAGCCUGUCUACGAUAACUUGGGGCUGCGCACCACGGCGGGCGGCAAUUCGACUCUCAAUCUGCACAAGGCACAGAGCGCACAGGGUGCACUGGGUGCACUCGCUGCACAGGGUGGACAGCAGUACAGCAUGCGAGAUCGCCCGCUGCCAGCCACGCCCAGUCUCACAUCGGUGGCAUCAGCUUCAGCGUCAGCGGCCAAUGCCAGCAAGAUCUACGAGCCCAUACACGAGCUCAUCCAACAGCAGCAGGCCAUGCAGGCCCAACAGCAGCAACAACAGGCCCAACAGCAGCAGCAGCAGCAGCAGCAGCAUUUAUACAACUCGGAGACGGAGCCGCUGUACGGCGGCAGGCUGCACGGGAUAACGAUAUUGCCCGGCUCGAGCAUUAGCGGCGCCGGGCUUGGUUCGCCCUCGCCGACGCCCAUGCCGGGCGGGGAGUCGCCAAAAAUGGCCAAGAUACCGCCAAGGCCACCGCCGAAGCCCAAAAAGAAAAUGUCCGUAACGGCAACGCGCAGCGGCCAGGGCAGCACAAGCCAGCUGUUCGAUGAUGAGGGCGAGGAUGGCACCGAGGUUUAAUUUACCAAAUAUGCGCCAAACACCCCACUCAAAAUGCAAUUGCAAAUUAAUUCAAAUUGCCUUUUUAGCAGCAACAGCAGCAGCAGCAGCAGAACGUGAAGAUAAAGUUGAAAAGCAGAUUGAUAAAGAAGAUGAGGAGCACGGGCAAACAGUAGUAGCAGCAGCAAAGGGGAAAGCAGAUGAUAAAGAGAAGCAAUAACAACAACAAUAACAGUAACAGCAACACACAACAGAGUGCAGUUAACAGCUGGCAGCUAACAGCAUGCAAGCGCUGUUAACUACAGAUAUUAAAGCACUUUAACAGCAGCUCAAAUAAACAAAAGCAAAUGUUAAAUAACAGCAGCAUUAAGUCGGCAACAAAUAUUAGGACAUGCUUGAAAAUCUCUUAACUAAAUGUUAAACAGCAGCAGCAGCUCGCAAAAACAAUACCACAUCACAGCUGACAAGAUCAGCAUACGCUGUUAACUAAAUGCUGCUUAUGUUAAUUUACAUAAUCCAAUAAAUGUUGAGUCUAUGCAUUUGACAUUCGCUGUUGUUUGAAUGUAAAAGAACAGCAACAGUUUACAUAAAUAUUGACAGCACGUCUGGCAAAAGCAGCAUAAGCUGUUAACUAAAUGCUGCUGCACUUCUGCUAAUUAACAUAAAACAACAAUUGUUAAGACAAUGCAUGCACAUUUGACAUUCGCUGUUAACUAAAUGUACGCUAACAGCAGCAGCAGCAUCUUCAAAAUGCUCUCUCACUAUCUCGCUCUCUCGCCUUCGCUCUCGCUCUCUGCUGUCACUGUCUCUGUCUCUGUGUCUCGCCCGCGCAAUUCGCGUGACUUGUGUGCCAAACCGACUGAUGUAGAAUUUAGAAUUAAAACGAGGAACGAUACGAAAUGAAAACUCCAACUGAAACAGUAAGGGAAACAGAAAGAGAAACGGAAACGGAAACAAAAGCAAACAGAAACAGAAAACAAAAAAUCAAACAAGACGAACAUGUGACACGCAUGCAGCAGGCGCUGCUGUUAAGCCGCACAGGGUGACCCAGGCGAACAGAAAAAGUAGCAAAAAGGACGGACAGUACGCAGGCAGCUAAAUUCAAAACAUUUGCAGCGGCAAGCAAAAAAUAAAAAAGAAAACUAUAAAAAUGAAAAAAAAAAAAAACAGAAAACAAAAAGUAAACGUUUAAAGCCCACAUAAGUACAUAUUAGCACAAGAGUAUGUAAAAAUCCCAUUUUAAUAAUAAAUCAACAAAUGCUACUCCCUUCUUCUAUAUAUACACACAUAAA